UUAGAAAUAUAUUACAAAGAAAUAUUGGUUGCAAAAUGAAUUUUCCUUGUGGAAAGCUGUAUUUUUCAUUUAUUUCUUUCUCCAGAGUGUGUUUGGAAAUUGAGUGACGCCAUGUCCGGGAGUUGCUAUAAAAUGUGUGAGGUUAUGUUGUCUGCUCAGUGUUUCUUUUGGAGGCCCGCAAAAACAUUGGGAAAAUGGGGCUUCUACUGCAAAACAGCACUCUUCUGGCCUGGAGGAGUGUCCAGGAGACUUCCUGGAAGGCUUUUCUCCUACCCACGAGGAGCAAAUCCAGUGAUAAAGUGAAAAGAGCCAAUGCGGUGAAGACGCACAACUAUGAGACCAAAGCGCUUUUCGGUCCGAUUAUUAAGCGCCCCAAAGGGCUCAAGGUUGUCCGAUUGCCGACUGAGAAGACUACAAAGAAGGCCAAGAGAGCCCCACAAUCCCUCCCGCAGAGCUUAUUGGCUCUACAGCAGAGUCUUCCGCCACAGCCAGUAACUGAAGACAUCCCGCCGAAGCCUUCGGGUUCUUCUGGACAGAUUAGCAUCCCUUUCGACGAGGAGACGCUGAAGGAACUGGUGGACUUCCCGUUGAUGUUCAACAAGAAGCACAUAGUGGGCAAUCCGGGGGCGGAGUUAGGGCAGAAAAUGCCCUCUGUGGGAAGGAUUCUGCAAGCUACGAUGCCGGAAAGUGCCAGAGCGGCGCUGAUGCGAUGGAAGCUGCUGAAGAUUGCCGAGUUGGGCGAGGAGGGCUUCAGGGAGCUGAAUCAGAGGCACUUGACGGAGGGCGCACGGUUGCACGGCUGGAUUGAGGAGUUCUUCAGGACCAGGAAAGCUCCUGAGGGCGCCACGAAGGAGGGCGGCUGGACGAGUGUGGAGAAAGUGUUGCAAACUGUAGAGCCGAAGAUUGUGGAGGCGAGAAUAGCGCAUCCUUUCCUCAAGUAUCACGGCAUCGUGGACUGUGUGUCGGUCAUCAACUCUGAGCUUCAUGUGAUCGAGUGGAAGAAGUCCGAACGGGUGAAGCCAACGCUGGCGGACACUUUCGAUGCUCCUCUUCAGCUGGCGGCCUACUUAGGCGCCGUGAACACUUCUCUUCCGGCCCACGGGCUUUCGUCGCCUGUCCUGCGCGGCGCCGUGAUCGUCGUCUAUUCUGAUGGCACUCCUGCGCACGUCCAUUCGCUGGACAGCGGAGACGUGCGGGCGUUCUGGCGCUCCUGGCUACUGCGCCUGCAGGAAUAUUGGAUCCGGGCGAGGGACGGUACGCUGCCGGAACCCAUUUAGCAUCCCUCUGUAAGUCUGUAUUCGCGACUGAGCCAUAAAAGUCCAGAGAUUUUCGCAUGUCGCUUCUU